AAAGUAUCGGAUCCAACACAUGUUUUUUGUUUUCGUUUUCUUUACCGAUUUGUUUUUAAUGUUUUUGAGUUCGAACCGUCCGAUAGCUUAAAAAUGUUGAAGUUGACAGUUCGUAGUUUUAGUUCGUGUAAAAAUAGUUCACCUAUUUAUUUAAGUAGAUAUUUACAGUCAUCAAAUAGUAACCGUUUGGUUAUUGAGAAAACUCGUGCAUGUUCAACUUCAUCGAAUAAACCUAGUCAACAACAGUCUAAUCAAAUUCCGAAGGAAUUUAUGCCUGAAGAGGUUAUUGAAAAAGUUCAAUCUGUUCGCUCUUUGGAUGUUACCAGUAAAGUUCCUCUACGCCCGGUUCAAGACUUAGGAAUCAAAUCCGAAGUAUUGCGAGUUCAGAAAAACGGUUCGUUUAUUAAAAGAUUGUUUAUUGGAAAAUUUGACUCUGAUUUUUUAGCAUAUCCUGAAAUAUUGAAGACUCGCAAGGAAUAUGAUGAAAUUCAAAAACAAUGUGCUAUGAUCGAAACACAUUGGCAAAGUUUCUCUAAUGACACUGCCUCUCUUCAUAAAUUACAAUUUGAUAAACUAUGGAAAAUGACGGCUACUGAAAUGAUGACUGUUUUUGAAUCGAUUGGACAUGCUUCUACUAUUCGAUUUAGAGACUGUUUUACCUCCAAUGUAGUUAACCACGAAACUGAAGGUCCUAAACCUGAUGCCAAAGGUUACAUGUGCGUUAAAAAGGAUCAUCCUGUUUUGGACAUGAAGAGUGUUCAUAAUCUAUUUAAUCUUCUUAAUCAUAAUUGCCUUGGUUUGGGUGCAGUUGAAUGGGGAGACAGCGAUGAAAUUAGGGAUCAAGUUUUGCAAGACCUUCGUUCAAACCCAUCUCUGAAAAUAGGUUUUGCUUGGACAGAGCGAGAAUUACCUUUUGGAGCAGGCAGUUUUGCUGAUUGGGAUACAGUUGCGUCGCGAUCUACUGACAAGUCAUUUUGGACUGUUUCUGGUUCAAAAAAUCGCAUUUUGAAAGACAAUUAUGAUUAUUAUCUUAUUUUUGCCAAAACUCAGGAUUACACUGAAGAAGAAAAACCUCAAUGGAUGUUAGCUGGACAUUCUGUUGCUCCUCCAGGUAUUGUAGGAUUUUUGGUACCUGCUAAGAUGAUCGGCAGAAUAGAAGACGAAGAACUCAUCAAUGGUUUAGUUUAUCAAAAAAUCACUUUCGACAAUUUAGUUUUACAAACUCAGCAUCAUCUUCUUGUUGAACCAUCACCUUUGGGGAUAAGAUCUCUUAAUAUCCGUGGACUUGGUCUACUUGGGACUUCCGCAACAAUUUUAGGAUUGAUGAAAUCAUUAUUAAACGAUUGUUAUCGUUAUCUUCUCAAACAGCGAACUCCUUUGUUGGAUUGUCAAACAGUCGAGAGACUCCUUUGUAACAUAACUAACAAAAUCUAUUCCUUAGAAUCUUGUUUAUACAUGACAUCUCAAGCUUACGACGCAUUCGACAAUAUCAAUGCUGAUCCAGAACAAAAUUUGGAAGCUUCAGUUUGUAAAAUUUUGGCAAUUGAGAUGGCACACGAAAUAAUUGAAUCAAUUCAAUCAAUUUAUGGUUCUCAAAUGUUGAUUACAUCGCCUUUGCAUGAUUUUAUCAACCUUUUAGACUCUUACUUGGAUAAUUCAGUUGCACACAGAGUCAACGUUGGAAUGAGUGGUAUGUGGUUUGCUGGCUACUACAAAAAUGACCGAAUUCGUAAAAGGAGGCUGGCACCAUUCUUCCCUAUGUACCGAGUUUAUGAAUUAAUGAAUGAGUAUAAACUUGGCAAAGAAAAACCCAAAUUAAUUUAUGAUCUAAGGGGCCAUGUUCAUCCUUCACUUGGAGAGGAAGCUGACAAAUUGGAGACAUUAUCACUAAAAUUCGGACUUGGCGUUGAAUGGGUCCUUAAACGUUGGGCUAAAGAAACAGUACGACGACAAAAUGAUUUGGAAAGAAUCGCUGAAAUGGUUGUCGAUAUUUACACCAUGACGGGCACACUUUCCAGGGCUUCAAAGGCUUAUUGUGAUGCUUGUAAAAAUUGUGAUAUGGAUCGUUUUAUUGCUAUUAGUAUCAUCAAUCGAUUGUAUGAAAAAGGAAUGCUCUGUUUUGAAGAGCUAAACCACUCUCAGCUUGAUACUGAUGAAUAUAGAAAUCACCAUAUCCACAGGAAAAAUAUUGAAUACGGUGGAUAUUUUGCACAAUCUUCACUACACAGGAUACAUUAUUAGUACAUUUAUAAUUUUCUGAAUCACUGUAUUGAGUACAUUUUUUGUCAUAUAGCGUUUAAUAAACUGAGAAACCGCCAUUUGUUGGUUUAGUUGAUUAAAAGAUAAAGAUCAGUA